UUGAAUGUCAGUCAGUGGGUGUUCACUUACAUUUACGUUAUUAAAUUAAAUUGUUAGUUGUAAUAAAUGUAUAUACAAUAUCUUUUUUUUAGUGUAUACUACAUUCUUUAAAAUAUUGUGUUAUUUAUUAGCAUUCAUUGUUCCCAGCGACUGUGAUAAUUAUUUUAAUUCAACGAGAAUAUUGUAAGAAUGCUUAGGGGAAGAGUACAACAUUUACUUCAUUGCACACUAUUUAUAUCAUUUAUAUUCUUCUUUUUGGUAUUUGCUGGUGCUAUCAAUUUAGACAACAAAGAGAAGCCAUAUAUCGAUCCUUGGGAAGCCUAUGGCAUUUAUGGAGCCAUUAUUUUGUAUACUUUGAGACUCCUUACAUUUCUAACAAUACCUCAAGUUUUAUGUAAUUUUGGAGGAUUAACAUUAUUUAAUGCAUUCCCAGGAAAAAUUAAAUUAAAAGGAUCUCCUCUGCUUGCUCCUUUCAUUUGUAUAAGGGUUGUGACUAGAGGGGAUUUCCCUAAGCUUGUAAGGGACAAUGUAUCCAGAAAUAUGAAUAUGUGUUUAGAUGUUGGUAUGGAGAACUUUAUGAUUGAAGUUGUGACUGACAAAGCUUUAAACUUGCCUAAACACAGAAGAGUCAGAGAAGUUGUUGUGCCUUCUGAAUACAAAACUAAAACAGGCGCAUUGUUUAAGUCUAGAGCACUUCAAUAUUGUUUGGAAGAUAACGUUAAUAUAUUAGCAGAGACUGACUGGAUUGUUCAUUUAGAUGAAGAAACUCUUUUGACAGACAAUUCUGUUCGUGGCAUUUUAAACUUUGUGCUAGACGGUCAACAUCAGUUUGGCCAAGGUUUGAUUACUUAUGCUAAUGAGCAUAUUGUUAAUUGGUUAACAACACUCGCUGACAGUUUCCGGGUUGCUGAUGAUAUGGGAAAACUGAGAUUUCAAUUCUAUUUAUUUCACAAACCUCUUUUCAGUUGGAAAGGCUCAUAUGUUGUUACUCAAGUCUGUGCUGAAAAGAAAGUGUCGUUUGAUAAUGGUCUUGAUGGUUCUGUCGCAGAAGACUGUUACUUUGCAAUGAAAGCUUAUGUGGAAGGAUAUUCAUUCAAUUUCGUUGAAGGUGAAAUGUGGGAAAAAUCUCCUUUUACUUUAUGGGAUUUUAUGCAACAAAGAAAGAGGUGGAUUCAAGGUAUACUAUUAGUUGUUCAUUCUCAAGAAAUACCUUUAAUUAAUAAGAUUUUCUUAGCAAUAUCAUGUUACUCAUGGGUGACAUUGCCUUUAUCAACUAGUAAUAUUUUACUUGCAGCUUUUUGUCCUAUACCAUGUCCACACUUAUUAGACCUUAUAUGUGGUUUUAUAGGAGCAGUAAAUAUUUACAUGUAUAUAUUUGGUGUUAUCAAAUCAUUUCCAAUUCAUAGAUUCGGUCCUCUUAAAUUCUUUUUGUUUGUUGGAGGAGCAUUAGCUACAAUUCCGUUCAAUAUAGUCAUAGAGAAUAUUGCUGUCAUAUGGGGUGUGUUGGGUAAAAAGCACAAAUUUUAUAUUGUAAAUAAAGAGGUAAAGAUACCAGUUACAGUAUGAUUCUUAUAGUAAUUGACUGUUGGUUUUAUGCAGUUAUAUAAAUACAUAGCACAAAUAACUUAAGGUUUGUUUGAUAUAAUGCUUAAAGAUCAAUGCAUGUCGAUAUAAUUUUUUGUUUUUUAUUUUAUUUAUAUCAAUGAUUAUAAGUUUUUACACAUGAACAAGUAUUUAGUCACUUAUCCUAUAUUACCAAAGACUUAAAAUUUUGAUUAAGAAGUAAGUUUUACUUUUGUCAAUUUUCAUAACAUAAUUAAAUUUGUUAUUUAUUUUUAGUCUGUAUUAUUUUUGAUUAAAAAUAAAGUGUUUUUUUUUUUAAACUAACAAUAUAUUUUGUAUUUUUGUAAACAACAUAUUUUUUUAGUAGAUACAGUUGUUAUUGUUGUGUGUUUUAGUAUUAUUUUAAAUUAGUAUUCUGACAGAAUAAUAUUUGUUUUAAAUUCAAGUAUACAAAUGCAUGUUAUUAUGAGGAAAUACUAAAAUAUAAGGCGGCACAAAUAUGUGGUAAAUACCAAUAGCUACAAUAGACUGUUAGUGGAGAGUAAUGUAAGAAUUAUUGUGUAUUGUUUGUAUGAAUAUUUAUUAUAUACCAUAUUUAAACGGGCACACAUUAAGAUUUAUUAAAAUACUUAAAAUGAUUAAAAUAUUUGUAAGUAAUAUGUCCAUUGUUUUGUUCUACACAAUGUACUUAAAUAUACAACUAAAUUUAUGUAGACCGGGGAUGUUGAGAUUUUAUUAGUUUAAAGAAUUAACAAAUACUUCUGAGCUCCUCUUUUAUCUUAUUACUUUAUUGUAAUUGUUGUACUCGUUAUUAAAACAUUAAAAAUAAACAGGUAUGUUUUAGGUAUGGUAAUUCAAAUUGAAUUUAUUUUUUUUCAAAAUAAAUAGUUAUUGUUAGUGUAAAAGGUUUUAUGUAUAAAUUCAGUUAUAAUAUAAAUCUUCAUAAUUUUGUAUGUGUCUGUAUUUUUUUUUGUUUGUAAAUUGAAUGAUUUAUAA